AUGGCGGUAAAGGUCAAAUCUACGGAAUCAAGUAGACGGCAUGCGUUCAAGUCAUUUCGAGAAAGGGUCGACUCGAUAAAAAUCGAACCCAGCAGAAGACUCGAGAAAAGAGUUCACGAUGAGGUAGAAUCUUCACACUUGUUGACGACACUUGAACACUGGAAAGAACUCAACCUAUCAAAAGUAUUUACAGAGCUAGUCGAUAGUAUAGAGGAGUUGUGUCAGUCAUUACCGCAGGUCUUGCACUACCAGCUACGAAUAUUUGAAGCAAUCUACAAUGCCAUAAAACAAAAUGAUGUACAUUCCUUACAACCUAGCUUGGAACUACUUACCCAGUUUAUCCACGAUUUGGGUCCAGAUUUUUUGGCCUACUACUUAAAAACACUCCACUUGUUGAGUGAAGUUGCAUUAGCUCAAAAUCCAAAUGAUUUUCAAAACAAUAGAAACUCUUCAAAUGCAUUGGACUGGAUAUUUAAUGCGCUUGCAUUUGCUUUCAAAUAUUUGGUGAGAUACCUUGUUGAAGAUUUGAAGCCUACUUUCCAAGAGUUGGCUCCAUUGUUGAAAUUGAAAAAGCAAACGUACAUUUCACGAUUUUGUGCGGAGUCGUUAUCGUACUUGAUCAGGAAACUGGGAUCCAAAUCCCUUAACGAAAUUGUCGAGUUUUCCCUUGAGAGUCAGGUACAAGAUGUUAUUGAUAAUGACAACUACUGUGAGUCUUUAAAGAUCAUGUAUAGUGAGUCGAUGAAGAAUACAACCGGUACCUUCCAUACAAAGGCAAAGGCGAUCUUAUCAAGCAUUUUGAAUUGUAUAGUUUUCAAGAACGAUCAACGCCUUUCACUGCAGCAGGAGCAGCUGCAGCAGCAGCAGCAACAACAACAAUUGCAACAACAAAAAGAAGCUGUGCAGCCAAAACUUACCAGUUUGCUCUCAGAUAUUCUCCUUGAUGUCUUGCAUCACGGUGAACAGGAAGCUUGUGCCAAGUUUUACGAAAUGGUUACAUUGUCUUUGCAAGAGCUUUUAGAAAAAAAUCCAAAAUGCACACUUUCGCUUCUUGUGUCAUGCCAGAUCCUUUCAACUUUGAGUUUUGCAGACUCAGGAAGAAAAGUUUCCGAUUGGAGUUGUGUGCUUACAACAGUGGAUAAAAUAAUAACUAAACUCAACCUGAUACAGCUGCUACCAAGAGAACUCACUGAGUCCUUUGUGUAUUUGUUGGUCAUUACUUUCAGAAAUGCCGACUCACAGGCAUUAAUCAAGUACCAAAAACGAUUUUUUCAAGUAAUGAUUACGAUCAAUGAAGGUAAUGAUUUUCUAUUAUUUGCAGAGUCUGCACUUGCAGUUGCGGGCUCAAAAGUGGAAAAAUUUGCAAUUGGGAAACACAUUCAGGAUUACAUAAACCGGGCAGUGGACUCUGCAGACAAAAUGAAACGGGUCAUUUUGUUUUUGAACCAUGCUGGAAAACAAAAUCUUAUCAAACAAACUUUUACUAUACCUUCUAAAUCAGUUGAGAAACUAUCCAUUGCAGCUACAGCUGACAUUGAUUCGAAAAGUUAUUACGAUUUGUACUGGAAGCUUUUGAUUUUCAAUUAUGCCAAAACUUGUCAAAUUAAUGUUGAUUUAUUGACCCAAACGCUUUUUGAACUUCCAGAUGAUGUUUUGGGAAGAGAACUGGCCUCAAUGAUUUUAAGUAUUUUGUACAGGAAAAUCAGUGAACAAACCGAAAUUGAAAAAAAGGGUGAAACUUUAAGUUCAAAUGAAAACGUUUGCAGAAUACUAGCAUACCUUGAUCAAGACUUUGUUAGAUUGAAUCAAUCCUCAAGUUUCCUCAAGACUAUGAAUGAUUUUGUCAAGUUUGCAACUGACCCUCAAGUGUUUUUACAGCGUGCUUUGGACUGUUUGUAUUUGCCCAGCCAUGAAACGAGGGAAAAUGCUAUUGAGUUGAUCUUUACCAUAAUGUCUUUGAAAGAUAAAGGUUCUCUGCAAACUGAAACCGCGGUUCUUUCACAAAUCAGAAUUAUCGAGCAAAUUCCAUUAACUAUUGAUACGAGUAGAGAUAUUUUAUUACGAGUGAGGAAUUUAGCUUCUGAAUUUGCUAAGGAUAUCAAACCUUCUUCUGAGGACAAGAAAAUCAUCGUAAACUAUUUGUUUGGAUUAUUGUCAAAUAGGUUUCAGCCAUGUUGGAAAGCGGUCUAUGAAGCAUUGCCCCUUAUUGCGAAUGUUUGUCGACAAGAAAUAUGGCAAAUUGCUUAUUUCUUACUAACAAAAGAUUAUAACAAUCAAAUACGCAACGAUAUUGGUCAAGAAGAGUUUAUGGACGUUGAAAGCACUUUGGUUGAGUGGCAGCCGAGAAAUACAAGACUUUAUAACAACUUUGCGCACUUUGAAAAUCUGCACAUGAAAACUUUUCGCAAUGUUGAUGGUUCAAUAGUAGAGAUUUGCCAAAACUCAGUUAAUGAAAACACCUUUAAUUCGUUUUUGAAAUCAAACGUGUUGUCAGCUUUGAAAGCUGUGCCCCAAGUGAUAGAUGCAUCGAGGUUGGUGCUGUUGGUGGUACAUGGAAAAACUGAUGACGAGCAAGAGCAAGAUUGGCUGAGAUCAGAUCGAAAUGAGUUGUUAGCUGUACUUGCUCAAACUAAAAAUUUGAAAAAGCUCGAUGCUGCCGACGAAUUGUUCCAAUACAUGAAAACUCUUUUGGCUAGUACAUUUUCUAAAACACAACAGUUGGCAUUGAAUGUGAUAUUUGCAUACAAUAAUCCAGUUAUCAACAAGUACAGAGACAAGUUGAAAAACUUGUUGGAUGACGUCACAUUUAGCGAUGAAAUAAUCACAUUCACCACAUCCAACUCUACAAUUGAGGAUAUAGACAGACCUAUUAUAAUGCCGCUUGUUGUUCGUAUCUUGUUUGGUAAAGUUCAAGGAAAACCAAAAAGCAAUAGUAAACAAGGAAACAAAAAUGCUGUGGUAUCGUUUUUGCCAAACUUCAAUAAUGAAGACAUCAUAUCAUUUAUAUCUGUUGGUGCAGAUAAACUCGAUUAUGCCAAUUACUUUAAUAAAAAAAUACCCACAAUAAGCUUGGGGUAUGACAAAUCUGAACUAAGAAGGAUGGCUGGUUUUAUCAAUCUUGUGCAGCAAAUGUACGAGGUGUUGAGUAAAAACUAUGCCGAUGUAUUGGCAUGGACCAUCAAGCCAUUGGUUUAUUCAUUAAUAUCUGCUCAAAACAGAUUGGACGUUUCUUCUAGCAAUAGCAAUGGCGAGGUUUAUGCUGAUGCCGUGGAAAACGAAAACGACAAUGAAGAUGAACAGAUUUCAAAUGCUAAUAUUGAUCAUGAAGAUCGCGAAGAUGACAAAAUUGUUACGGACAAAAUUGCCAAGAGCAUUAGGCUGAGCGGAAUGAGAUGUUUAAAAGAGCUUUUUGUUAUUCUUGGCCCCGAGUAUGAUUGGAGUGGAUACGUUGACUUGAUCAGCGAAUACCUUAUAGCCCCUAGAUUGCCAAAUUUCUCCACCGAGAACUUACAGCAACCGCUGGCUACUUUAACUUUGAUGAGCUCGUGGAUCAACCAACCAAACACAAUUCCUUUCUUGUAUGCUAAUGAUUUUGCUGCUGUUAAUGCUUUAUUAUCCAUAUUGGGCAAUGACCAUGCCAAGGAAAGUGUAUCAAAGGAGGUUCUUGGCUUUGCUGUUAAGGCGUUGGAAAAAAAAUCAGAGACCAAUGAUGAAUUCUUUACCCUUUUAGCGAUUAUUGUCGACUCCUUGCUUCAAACAUUACCUUCAACAAUUAAACGUAUUUACAAUCCAGAGGUUGGGUCUUUGGCUAUACGGACUCUUCUCUUGAUGAUUCAAGGCGAAUAUAUUGAUAAUAAAGAGACCCAACAGACACUUAUCCAGGCUUUGACGUUUGCCUUGGAAAAGAGUAACCUGCAUAUCGAUUUGAAAGACAAGGCAAAUGUGUUGAUUGCAUUAUCUUCGUUGUUGAUGAAUUAUGAUUGUGAAUUUGGAGAGGUUGAACAAUUAUAUCAAGUUUGUUCAAAACUUUUGAGAGUAUUUGCAGCAAGGGAAAUUCGUGAAACACUUGCUACCUUAUUUGAAACUUUUGGUUUAAAGUUUCAAAGACAUUUGCUACAGGUGGGAAACUUGAUUGUUGGACUCAAUGCCUAUACCUCGAGAAUGAAUGAGUACGAUUUCCAAAAAAGAUUGGGAGCUUUUAAGUUGAUCAAUGAAGAUUUGUACUUGACAUUUGAUGCUGUUCAAUGGUCUCCGUUGAUCAAUUGUGCAUUAUUUUUUAUCAAUGAUCAGGAAGAGUUGUCUAUGAGAAGCAAUGCAGGUUAUAUGAUAAAACGUUUUGUUGAUUGUCUCAUUUCGCAACCAUCUGCAGAAGAUGCAGUACCGUUUGUACAUAUGUUGAAGGAUACCGUGUUGCCAAUUUUGAGACUCGGUAUCAGAAAGACCAACGAAGAUGUUCAAAACGAAUAUAUUUUGGUAUUGGAAUACAUUGUGAGACAAAGCACAGACUACUUCACUGACAUGAGAGACAUGCAAAUACUUCUUGGUGAAGAUAAUCAAGAUUAUGAAAAAGAUGAAAAAGAUAAUAACGUUGAGAAAAUGAAAGUUGGCCAAGAAGUUGAAGAAGAUGAGGCAUUAGAAGACGAACUGAGAUUCUUUCAAAAUAUAACCAGUAUUCAAUUACAUUUGCGAUACAGGGCAAUCAAGUAUUUAAUGAAAGUCAGCAACCAGCUAAAAGAGAAUAGUAUCUCGCAUUACAUAUUGCCCAUCAUUGAGGCGUAUGUUCUUACGAAGGAAGAGAAGUAUAGAAAUAUAGGAUUGAUUGCUUUAGAGUCGAUUUCUGUCUUGGCCAGAUCCGUGACAUGGAGUCAGUACAAGGCUAUUUUCAAGAGAUAUUUGAGUAACCUAAAAUCUAGUCAAGAGCAAUUAAAGCCGAAAGUGAAUUUGGUGGUUGCCGUUUCAAGCGUUUUAAAAGAAUCGGUUGCAAACAGAAACGAAGGGAUCAAGAAUUUGCCCUCUCAAGACGAAAUUGACUUGUUUAUUUUGAAUGAAGUAUCUCCGGCACUUGUCAAAAUCAUUCAGGUGCGUGAUGAUGAUACAAUUGUAGCACGUGCUCCACUUGCCGAGGCUGCCAUUAAUUUGACAUUAUGUUUGUCACCUGACAAGAUCGAAGGCGAGCUCCCCAAGAUUUUAACCAGUAUGUGUCAAGUCUUGCGUUCAAGAUCAGAAGAAUUGAGAGAAGCUAUUAGGAAAAGUUUGGGCAAAAUUGCAAUUGCACUUGGGGCACGUUAUUUGCCGUUCAUUAUAAAAGAAUUGAAAACUGCAUUGUCAAGGGGUUCGCAAAUACACGUUUUGAGUUAUACUGUACACUACUUGUUGCAAAGUAUGGCACAAGUUGGGUUACAGCACGGUGAUUUAAACGAGUCUAUUAGUUUGAUUAUGGAUGUGGUUAUGGAGGACAUUUUUGGAGCAGCUGGGCAAGAGAAAGACGCCGAUGGUUAUACCAGUAAAAUGAAAGAGGUGAAGUUCAAGAAAAGUUUUGACUCAUGUGAAAUAGUCUCUUCUAAUAUAUCUUUGAGCCAUUUUGGAGAGCUUAUCGAACCGAUAAAAUUGCUACUUCAAGAAGUCGUCAAUCAUAAAGUUCAAGUCAAAUUGGAUGAGCUUCUUAGACGUUUGUCGUUGGGAUUAAACCACAACAUUGAGGCAUCCAAAUUAGAAAUAUUACACUUGUGUUAUGAGAUCUUUUUAAUGUCAUCAGAGCCAGAAAGAAGAAAUGUUGAGCCAACCAUGAGUGCAUCUGAGGCGCAUUUCAUGACGACUUUGAAUAGAAAGAAGAUAAAAAAUCAUGUGGAUAAAUCUUUAUACAGACAAACCAUGCAGCGGCUUUCUUUUGAAUUGCUUAGGACUGCGAUUUCACGUCAUGACAAUUUGCUAAAUACGGCAAACUUGAAAGGAUUUGUUCCGUUGCUUGAAGAGGGUAUGAAUGCAAAUAAUGAAAAUGUUAUCCUAAUCUCAUUGAGAGUAUUAACUAUUAUUAUUCGUUUGCCCUUUGAUGAUGAAACUCAAGGACUAUUAAAAACAUGUGCGAGAAGAGCAUUGGUUUUGAUUAAGGACUCACCAACUACAAAUUCAGAUGUUUGCCAGGCAGCUUUGAAAUUUUUAGCCACGACGUUGAAACACAACAAGAAAGUUGAAUUAAAAGAAUCGGCAAUCAGUUAUGUUUUGACCAAAAUUCAGCCUGACCUUGAAGAACCAAACAGACAAGGGUUGGCAUUCCAGUUUUUGAAAGCUGUGGUUUCUCAACAUUUGUUGCUUCCUGAGCUAUAUGAUUUGAUGGAUAAUGUUGCUAAAUUGAUGGUUGUCAAUCAUUCCAAGGAAAUUCGUGAUAUGUCAAGAGCAGUGUUUUUCCAAUUCCUUAUGGAGUAUGACCAAAGUAAAGGAAGGUUGGAGAAACAAUUUAAAUUUCUAGUCAAUAAUUUGACAUAUCCAACAGAAGAAGGUCGUCAAUCUGUGAUGGAGUUGAUUCACUUGAUUAUUGCCAAAGCUGGUCCUGAUCUUAUCUCCAAGUUAGGUUCCUCAUUUUUCAUCACUUUGGCAAAUGUCCUCGUUUCCGAUGACUCGGCCAAAUCAAGAGAAAUGGCGAACGUGUUGUUAUCUUCUUUAGUUAAGAAAUUGCCCAACAUUGGAUUUGUUGAGGAAUAUUGUUCGGUUUGGUUAAAGCAAUCUUCUAACAUGUUAUUGAAGAGGUGUGGUCUAAACGUUUACAAAAUGCUCAUUUCGGUUUUUGGAGUCGAUAAGAAUAAAGAGCUUGAUAAAGUUGCUGUGGGAAAUAUCCAAACCAUUUUAAAUUCUGCAAAGAAUACUGAAGAAGGUGGAAGUGCAGAAUGGGAACUUGUUUAUAGUGCUUUGAGUGCAUUUAGUUCCAUGGCAUCAUCAGCCAAGGACUCGAUAUUUGACCAUAAAUACAAGACAAUUUGGUCGAGUAUUGUGGAUUGUUUACUAUUUCCACAUUCAUGGAUCAGGUUAAUCACUUGUCGAUUGGUUGCUAUUGAGUUGUCCAAUUUGAAUAAGAGCAAACUUGACACUAUUGAGUUGGAGUUGAUUGCAGGAAGGUUGACCCAUCAACUUCGAACUCCAUCCAUAUCAGAAGACUUGGCAAACCAGUGUAUCAAGAAUUUGGUGAUGAUUGCAAUGCAUUGGGAGACUUCCAAUACGAUGUUGCAACAGAGUCGUGAAACAGAAGAGAAAGAAGUGUUGGCAAAUGAUUACUUGGUUGGAAGAAUAUGCAGUAUUGUUAAACAAGAGAAUGUUCAAUCCAUCGUUGCCAAAAAAGCGGCUAUCAAAUUUUUGGCAUUAUUUAUCCAGCUCACCAAGGAAGACAAAGUAGAGAAGGUGGCUGAAACUAUCAUAUCAUCAUUGUAUAAUUUUACUGAUCCUGUAUACUCGUCUUCACUUGAUAGUGAAGAGCUUUUGAACAUUAGUUUGGAAACAUUGAACAUGGUCAAGGCCAAGAUUGGAGUCACUGAGUAUACCCAGAUAUACGCUCAAGUACAAAAGGCUGUCAAUAUACGGAGGCUGUCAAGAAAGGCGAAACGUUCGCAAAUGGCUGUUACUGCCCCAGACGUUGCUAAUAGAAGAAAGACUAAAAAGCAUGAAAGAAGUCGGGAAAAAAGAAGACACGAACGUGACGAAAAUGGGUAUUACAAACCAAAGAAGCGGAGAGCUAUGUAG